AUGUCCAGCCCCAAGGAGCGACGAAUCGCCAAGGAGCUGAUGGACAUCCGCGCAGACAAGGACAACUCAGGCGUCUACGCUGCUCCCAUUGACGAGUCGAACUUGCUGCACCUCAAGGGAUCAUUCCCAGCCCCUCCAGACACCCCUUAUGCUGGUGGACAGUACCAAGUCGACAUCAAGAUUCCCGAUAGCUACCCAUUCAAGUCGCCCAUCAUCAAGUUCGAUACCAAGAUCUGGCACCCCAACAUCAGCAGCCAAACUGGCGCAAUCUGCCUCGACACACUCGGCAGCGGCUGGUCGCCUGUGCAGACGAUCAAGACGGCACUUCUCUCGCUUCGCAUGCUUCUCGAAUUCCCUAACCCCAAGGACCCGCAAGACGCCGAAGUCGCCAAGAUGAUGCUCGAGAACCCCGAGGGCUUCGCGAAGAAAGCGCACGAGUGGGCUGUUAAGCACGCCGGAGCUCCAUCCCGCGAGUUUGACACCACAAAGUACCGCAAGGAGGAUUCAGGCGAGGCCAAGAGCAAUGAUAGCAAUAGAUAUCAGGGUUACAACAAGGAUCUUGUUGAUCGCUUCGUCAACAUGGGAUUUGAGGUUGAUGCUGUUGUUGAGGCUUUUGUCUUCGUCGGCAUUGACCGUAUGGGUGGUGAGGACUAUGAACUGGAGGAAGCGUACAUGGGCGACAUCACUGCCCGGCUUCUCGGCGAACAAUAA